CUUGUUCUUAAUUUUUUUGUUGUUGUUAUCCUUUAUAAAAUGAAUGAACGAAAUAAGGCUGAUACGUCAGACACUUUAGCAUCUGCUCAUCUUGAAGAUAAUUCAGUCAACAAGAUGCUUGAUGAAAUAUCGUUGGACCACUCUUCCAGUGACAACAAUAACGACAGGAUGUAUAUACCAGAGACUAAUUCAAAAAAUAACUAUGACCAGUUCUUUGAAGAAGUAUCUCUUGAUUUACCAAGAGACAACACUCAUAAUUCACCUUCCAAAUUUAUGAAGUUCAUGCCUCGGCGUUCGCCGCCAUUAGAGAACAAUGACACAAAUAUGACCAUCACAAGUUCAGAUAUAUCCGGUCCUUUUUAUUCAAUAUCGGAUGUCUUGGAUGAUACGUCAACGUCAACCACUACAGCUGCUACAGUUGCUGCUGUUGCUGCAGCCGCUGCAUCAACAAAUGUUCAAGAGGACAAUGGACGUUCUCGUGGAGCACGACGUAACGUCAAUGAGGCAGAAGUUAUUGUGACAUCUGGUGGUACUUCAAUAAGUCCCAAGACGAAAACAAACUUGAAUCCAUUUAAGCGAAGCAAGAUCAACCAGAAACCAUCACUCUUGGAAACAGUUAUAUCCAAAACACGCCCUCGGACACUUCCGCCAAAAGAUCCACAGGAGGAAAAGAAGCAUCUUCAGGAAUACCAAGCCAUGAUGAAAAAGGCAAAGAAAAUGGAAGCCAAAAAGCAAAAGGAACUGUCGAAAAAGCGAGAAGAGAAGGACAAAAAGAUGACACAGGCAAUACAGAUGUGGGAAACAGAUAUUUUCCCCAAAUGGCACUUGCGCUUUCACGAUAAGCGGACAAUUACGUUGUGGGAUCAAGGCAUACCGCCACGUUGCAGGAAAAAAGCGUGGAAGCUAAAGAUCGGAAACGAACUGAAUGUGACAAAGACAACGUUUACAGACUGUCUAAGGCGUGUUCCUAUUUCGUCCAUGCGAAAGACAAGACGGAAUAAGCAGCCAUUACCUGAUACCUACACUGAUAUUAAUGAUGCAUCGUUUUAUAAACCACGCAAGAGAACAAGCAGUCUGGACGUGUUACGUGAAAAAAAGGACGAUGAACAUUCAUUUGAAAGUGUUGAUGAAGUAAAGUACGACGAAUCUAGCCAGGAUGAAGAAAGUACGGAGGAUAGUGAGUCAGGAGGAAGACCUGCAAUGGAAUUAAAUGCUCAAUUUGAUGACAUUAAUGCUCAUAAUAUUCAAGUCUAUGAUGAGGACGACGACGAUGAUGACGAUGAUGACGAUAACGAUGACGACGACAUGGAUGAAAAUGAUACAGACAGCUUCCUCUUGGAUGAUGAUACCACAAAUGAUGAUGGCGACGAAAAUAGACUUAUUGUUAAUCCAACAGUUAUCAACUUUUUGAACAAGGCAAUAGACGAAGAUAUACUAAGAACACUUCCAAGUCUUUGCGUAUUUCAACCUGAUGGGCCCCUCUUUAGCUCGUUAAGGAAAGUGCUACAUGCCUAUGUUGGCUACAGGCCCAGUUUAACUUAUCCAAGAGGAACCUCUUUUCUAGCAGGCAUGCUUUUAUUAAACAUGAACACACAAGAUUCGUUUACAUCGCUUGUCAACCUGAUUAGUAAAAGUGAUGUUUUAUCUGCACUUUACAGCUCUGAUGAAAGGAAAAUUCAAGGCUUUUUCAAAAUAUUUAAUGUCAUCUUUGCCGAAAACUUCCCCAAACUAUAUCUGCAUUUCAAGAACUUGACCCUCACACCAGAGAAUUACCUUCCUGACUGGUUCAUGACUAUCUUUGCAUCGAUCAUUCCUCUGGAACUAUCAUCUAGGCUAUGGGAUAUCUAUCUGAUGCACGGAGAUAUCAUCCUUUUUCGAACAGGUCUUGUGGUUCUAAAGUAUCUCGAACCACUGCUCUGGGGAAGUGGGUUUAGCGAAACAGUCAGGAUUUUGAACAUGGGCUUCAUUGGCGAAAAUAGAGGAGAAGAGGUCAAGGCGGCAGUCGCUGUGAGUGGGCAUAUUACAGAAGGAGAUGACGAUCCGUUCUUUGAUGAAAUAUUAGGCAAAAAGGGUGUACAAUUGGAUGAUCAUAGAUUUAAAGAAUUAUUAGGAGCACAUAUGCCACGAACAAUGUAAAGAAACACCUGUAAUAAAGAAUAUAUAUAUACUUUCUUGAAUACAUCUACGCGUUGGAUAUGAUCUUAUCCUAAAGGUUUUAUAAA